CAAUCCUACUGCCGUGUGCAUGGAUGCUGCAUCUUGGAGGGGGAGGUAUGCCGUCAGUUCUCCAAUCCCCAUCCCAUUCCUUCAUCCGGCCUUCCUCUCCCAGGCCCCAACGCAACACAUGUGCUGUCUGUCAGAGACCCGGCCGGGCUAUUUUCGCUCUCUAUCCAAAGGAGAACAGAGAGAGAAAGGAAAGGGGACAGAGUCUCAGUCCCACCCUGGUCUCGGACGUAAUGGGCACCUUAUUCUGCAUAGUCUCCUGCCUCUUGGCAACCCUUGGCACGCAGGGCAUCUUCGGUUCUGAGGACUCCAAUAUUGACACCCCGGUAUUGAAUCCAUGGCAUCGGAAGGACAGUUCGGGAAGAGUCAAGAGGGCAUGGGUCAUCCCGCCCAUCAGUGUCUCCGAAAACCACAAACGUCUUCCGCAUCUCUUGGUCCAGAUUAAAUCCGAUAAGCAGCAGCCUGGAGGGGUAAUUUAUAGCAUCAAAGGACCAGGUGUGGAUGAAGAGCCCAAGGACAUCUUCUCCAUCGAAAAGCUCAGCGGGAAGGUCUACCUCAAUACCAUGCUGGACCGGGAAAAAAACGACCGCUUUCGGCUCAAGGCAUUUGCCCUGGAUCUCAGUGGAGUUCCUCUGGAAGACCCCACAGACUUGGAGAUCGUGGUCAUGGACCAGAAUGACAACCGCCCACUCUUCCGGCAGAAGGCCUUUACGGGGCGCGUGGUGGAAGGAGCAGCUCCAGGUACCUUUGUGAUGAAGGUGGAAGCCAGCGAUGCCGAUGACCCUGAGACGGACAACGCGGCCCUGAAAUACUCCAUCCUGGAGCCGAAAGCGAGAGAUGUCUUCAGAAUUGACGAGGCCUCUGGGGAAAUUCAGACGGCAGAAGUUGCUCUUGACCGAGAGGUGAUAGGAGUGUAUAACCUGACCCUUCAGGUGGCUGAUAUGUCUGGAGAGGGACUGGCCACCACCGCUGCGGCCGUCAUCUACGUGGACGACAUCAACGACAACCCCCCGGAGUUUGCAGAGGAAGAGUUCUCCAUGGAGGUCCCCGAAAACCGUCGAGGUGCAGUGGUUGGCCGGGUGCCGGUCCAAGAUAAGGACUUUCCAGGGUCUCCCAACUGGUUGGCCAAGUUCACCAUUUUGGAAGGAGACCCCGAGGGGGCCUUUUCCAUCCAGACUGACCCCCUCACCAACGAUGGUGUCAUUUCCUUGUCAAAGGCCUUGGAUUACGAGGAGCGGAACCGCUUUGAGUUGCUCAUCUCCGUCCAGAACCAAAGUCCGCUGGAGCUGACUGCUCCCAAAGCUGCCCGGUCUUUAGCCACGGCACGGGUGCGAGUGGUGGAUGUCAAUGAAGCCCCUUUCUUCAAAGAGAAUCCAUGGAAGGGGAGCGUGAGGGAAGGCGCACCCCCCGGCACACAGGUCACACUUUGCCACGCCAGUGAUCCCGACACACACCAAGUUCAGGAACUCCAGUACUCUCUGGCCUCAGAUCAGGACAGUUGGUUGGAAGUGGACCCUGAAUCUGGUCUGGUGCAAACCAGACUGACGGUGCCCCCAAGAGCCAUGUUUCCCGGAGGCGGGUAUGCUGUGCACAUCCUAGCCACUGAUAAUGGGAGCCCUCCACUGACGGCCACGGCCACUUUGUCCAUUGAGGUCUUAGAGGUGAAUGACCAUGCGCCCUUCCUGCUCCCUGUGGCCCGAGAGCUGUGCAGCCGGGGGGACGGCUUGCUCUUGACCGCCACUGACGAAGACCUGGCUCCGCACGCUGAGCCCUUUUCUUUCCGACUCGGCCCCACACCGAUGGCCGGCAACUGGACUCUCAACCGCACCAAUGGGACCCACGUCCUGCUGCGGCCCCAAGGAGAGGUCCCCGAAGGCCUCCACGUGGUCCCUCUACUACUCAGUGACUCAGGGGACCCUCCUCUGGAGCGGGAGCAGCUCCUCAACGUUUCCGUCUGUGAAUGCGACGAGUGGGGCUCCUGCCGGACUCAAGUGGCGGCCGUGGCGGGAGCGGUGGCCGGGCUAAGCUUCGGGGCCCUGAUGGUCAUCCUGAGCAGCGCCGUCCUCCUCCUGUGUUUGGUGUUGCUGGUGGCCACGUGGGAGCACUUUCGGCGGCAGGCCUUCCGGAAGGGCCUUUUCAGGGGCUCCCAGGAUGACCUGCGGGACAACAUUCUCAAUUACAACGAACAGGGAGGCGGAGAAGAGGACCAGGAUGCCUAUGACCUCAACCAGCUCCGCAACCCGGAUCUCUUUCCGCCUCCAUCGCCUUUGGGGAAGCCCUUGCGCAGGAGGGAUGCCCCUUACGCCUUCGCCGUGCCUCCGUUUCCCCGCCGGAUGCCCUCCUGCCCUUCUGAUAUUGAGGACUUCAUCAACGAGGGCCUGGAGGCGGCCGACUCAGACCCCAGCAUCCCCCCUUACGACACGGCACUCAUCUACGACUUUGAAGGGGACGGAUCGGCCGGAGGCUCCCUCAGCUCCAUCCUCUCGAGCUUGGGCGAUGAGGACCAGGACUACGACUACCUCAACGACUGGGGGCCUCGCUUCCAGCGCCUGGCGGAGCUCUAUGGCAAUUAGGGGGGCCCAAAGGGCU